AUGCGGUUCAACACGGUGUUCUUCCUGCUGAUCCUAUCCUGUUUCUGCCUCGCACUGGCACAAACCAGCUAUGACGACUGCUGUUUGAAAUAUGUGAAAAAACUGGGUCGAAACGUUCAGAGACAUGCAGCGGAGUACAGGUGGCAGGUGCCGGAUGGAGGCUGCAACAUCCCUGCUGUAAUCUUCACCAUGAGGAGGGGGCGUGAGUUUUGCACAGACCCCAGAGAAAAAUGGGUGGCGGAACUGAUGAAGAAGAUUGACGGAAAGGGAAAGAAGGGGAAGGUGGGUGGUUUCUGA